AUGAUCAGCAACAGCAAUAACAAUAGGAUAUCACUUCAACCAUUACAGUCACCAUUCAAACGAGCAAAUAUCAAACAGUCUGAUCAGACGACUGCAGUCGCCUCCUCAUCAUCACCUUUGUCAACUUCACAUCAUGUCUCAAGUCCAAUCAUAUCUUCAUCUCCAUCUCCAACUCCAUCGACGACAACAACAACAACACCUACAAUAUCAACAUCAUCAAUAGCACAAACAUCAACAACAACAACGACAACGACAUCAACAUCAACGACACCUUUUGCCAGCUCAUCAUUAAGACAUGAUAGUAGUCAAGAGACAACCACCAUUCGAAACAGCAAUAGUAAAAGCAGUAGUAGUAGUGGAUACAACAACAACAACAACAACAACAAUAGUAGUAUUGAUCAUAUUAUCAACAAGUUCAGCGCAACUGUAUUGUUAUCUGAUGAUGAAGAUGACGACGAUGAGGAUGACAAUGACGAUGAAGAUGAUGAUGGCCCCGAGCAAAAAUCAACAGGAUUCAAGAUCAGUCUGAAUGACAUCAUCCUUGAUGAUGAGAAUGAGGAAGAUGAGGAUGUUGACAAUGAAGUCGAUGAUGAUGAGGAAGACGAUGAAGAGUAUGAUGAUGAGGAUGAUGAGGAUGGAACACAAGAAGAAGAGCAAGACAAUGAUGACCAAGAAUCUGCGACAAGUCGCGACAAAGACAAAAAAGUACGCGUACCAGCCAAGCCAGUAUCCCUGGACGCCUUUGAGACUGAUAUGUUGGUUAAUCACAUGCGCAGAACAAUCAAUCGCUCAACAAAGAUGUCACUGGAUAAUAUGACCGAACAACUAAAUAACAAGAUGCGCAGUCUCAAGCUUCAGAGCGAGAGCGAGAAGCGACGUGUGAUCAAAGAGCACUCAAACAAGGUGAUACAGAGAUACAAGAAGUUGGAGAGUGAUGAGCGUAACAAUCAAAAGACGAUACUUGAGAAGAGUUUGGGUACACUGCGGUCACAACACGAGAAGUUACAACAAGACACACGAACUACAAUCAAGUUACACGAGGAACAGAAGUUGGAUGAGCUUAGAGCCUUGGAAGAGCGUGAGCGACUGCGCAAGGCACAAGAGGAGAAGGAGCGCAAGAGGCGAGAGGAUGAGGAACGCGAGCGCCAGAGACUGGCCGCCGAGGCAGAGAAAGAGCGCAAGAGGAAGGAGGCUGAGGAACGAGAGCGUCUUCAAAGGGAGGCCGAGGAGCAGGAUCGACUGCGACGCGAGGCCGAGGAACAGGAGCGCAAGAAGAAGGAGGCCGAGGAGCAACGCAUCAAACAAGAGGAGGAGGCGCAGCAGGCCAAGAAGAAACAGCAGGAAGAGGAGGAGCAGCAGGCAAGGAAACGUCUGGAGGAGCAACAACAGAAGAAGAAGAAUGAGGAGCAGGCCAUGGCUCAACCGCAGCCAGUCAGCCAACCUGGCGGCAGGAUGCCAUUGAUCGAGUCAAGCAUGUACAUUGGCUCAGUGAGUGCGUAUCAAGAGUUCACGCAAAGAAUGAAGGCCCUGGAGGAGCUGAGCGCGAUGGUCAAGCAGGGCACAAGCAUGUCGAAUGCCCAACAGCAGGCGAUCCUGAGCAACAUUGACAAGCGCGUCAAUAUGCUGUUCAACCAGCUCUCGUCAGACGCACAACAGAUCCAGGACAAGAGCCGCGAGCUCGCAGGCAUGCUCACCGAGUUCAAGGCAAACAAUCAACUGGCGUAUGGUCACACUAUGCUGGCGAUCUCGCGCAAGGCCAUGGCGCAGGUCGAGGCGCAGAUCGAGUCGCACAACGAGUCUGCCUACCCCUACGCCUACAUGCUGGCCAAGGUGAGCGCGGUGCACGCCGACCUCAUGCCCAUCGUGUUGGCGCACCUGCACCACGAGUGCAUCUACACCGUGCCCAUGUACAUCGCACACAGCAAGGAGGAGGGCAUGGACGCCUACAAACGGAAGGCGGGCUACAAGCAGGACAUCAAUGGACUGCUGGAGCUCGACGAGCAGUACAACAGUAGGAUGUUUGGAUAUCUCUGCCUGUACACGGCGCUCAUGGUGGCGCCAGACACACAGUCCCAGUCGCUGUUUGGGCUGGAUCAGGGCUGGAAGUGGAUCGCGCGUCUGGCCAACAUGAAACUGCGACGCAUUACCGCGGGACUAGUAUUACGAUUCCUUCGCAUCGCCGGCGCUCUCCUGCUCAAGCGCUACAAGGAUCAGUUCGCCAAGGUGCUCUACGCUAUUGCCAGCAAGGACUUCCUCGACAAAAUGUCUGAGGAGGCUGGCGCCGUCGCUGACAAAAAGAAUCUCAAGCAACUCUUGGACACAUUCUUCAAGUCAAAGAACAUUGUGCGAUUGGCUGGUUAUGACAUCAACUGA